AUGUUCUUCUAUAUUAAAAUAUGUUAAAGCUUGACCCUUUUUGUUAUAUGAUAUUGAUUAUUCAACUGGGAAUGAUUAGAGGGUUUACAUGAUUUUGUGAAUAAUCUAUGAUGGACUCGGUUAACAUAUUGAUUUUUUACCUUUUCAAGAUUAUAUAUAUUGGUAGAUAGUUUCCAAGUUUAAGUAAAAACUUCAAUAACAAUACCACCAAAUCUCGCUCGUUUGAGGUAUGAGGAGGUAAGACUACCGCUACCCCAAGGAUAGUCUCAUGUAGCCAUGUAGGGUGACUAUUUUCAGAAGGAGAGUGAUAUUCAUACACAAGUUUUAGACAUCGACAACAAAGAUGGAUAGCAUUGGGGAAGAUGCAGUUGUUACAUUUGAGAAACAGGAUAAUUUCACCCCUGCUCUUCGUUCUGGAGAGUGGUCUGAUAUUGGAAAUCGACAACACAUGGAGGAUGCUCACAUAUGCAUUCCAAAUCUAGCUAAGAAUUUCGGUGAUGAACUUCCUGGCAAAGAAAUUGUCUCAUUUUAUGGCGUAUUUGAUGGGCAUGGAGGAAAGGGAGCAUCACAUUUUGUUCGUGAUCAUUUACCAAGAGUCAUAGUCGAGGAUGCCAAUUUCCCUUUAAAACUUGAAAAAGUUGUCACGAGGUCAUUUAUGGAGACGGAUGCUGCGUUUGCCAAAUCAUGUUCUAUAGAGUGCUCUCUUUCUUCGGGUACAACCGCACUUACUGCAAUGAUCUUUGGGAGAUCUCUACUUGUGGCAAAUGCUGGGGAUUGCCGGGCAAUUCUUUCUCGACAUGGAUUAGCUUUUGAGAUGUCAAAAGAUCACAGGCCCGGCUGUCACGGAGAAAGGACACGUGUCGAGUCUCUUGGCGGAUUCGUUGAAGAUGGCUACUUAAAUGGUCAACUAGGCGUGACCCGAGCAAUAGGCAAUUGGCACAUCAAAGGCCUGAAAGAAAGUGGCGACCAGGUUGGCCCCCUGAGUGCUGAACCGGAGCUUAAACUGGUCACACUAACUAAGGGCGACGAGUUCUUGAUCAUCGGAAGUGAUGGAAUUUGGGACGUUUUCAGGAAUCAAAAUGCAGUUGAUUUUGUCAGGAGGAGGCUGCAGGAGCACAAUGAUGUGAAGCUUUGCUGCAAGGAAAUGGUGGAGGAAGCAAUGAAGAGAGGAGCGGUUGAUAAUUUGACAGUGGUAGUUGUGUGUUUUCAGGCGCAGCCACCACCCCAUAUGGUGGUGCAGAGAGGCGAAGUUAGGAGAAGCAUUUCUGCAGAAGGGCUGGUUAACCUUAAAUACCAUCUUGACGGAUAAUGGUCUCUUUACUUUUUACUUUCUUUUCACUACAUUUGCCACAUUGGUGAUGAUGGUGGCCGGCAGCAGCUUACAAUGGUAGUUGGUCAUUUGUUGGUUCUGAUUUUUGUAUCGGAGGUGGUGUAAAAUUGUAAAUUUAUUCAUGCAGAGCAGGAACAACAAUAUGUAGGUGAAUGAUAAUCAUUAUAUCUAAUGUAACUUAUAAACGCUAGACAGUGAUGUUUUCAUGUCCUGUGAUCUCAUAUCAAUGAAUGUGAAGGACAAACAUCCUUGAAACUA